GUGGCGGAAAUGAGCUUCCGUCGCUGCACGUGUCUUCACCAUGAGCCCGACUGCAGCGCGCUGCUCCGCCAGAGGAGGCGCCAGAUUCUUCUCCUCCUCGGUCAGCUCGAGUGCCGCCGCUGGCUGCUGCUGGCAGUUUUACGCGAGGAACUCCCGAAUUACUUCGGCAACCCGUUAUAACGGUCGAUAUGGCGACCGAGGAAAUAAUCAAGCGUUUUCUUAAGAAAAGAUGAAGAUAGCCGAUACAAAGUUUCAGGUUUCACACCAUGUGAUGAUCACCCGGGACGUGUGAACUUAUUUAAGAACUCCUGUGUUCAGAAGAUUUUUUGAUUCCAGUGGAAUCUUUCUUUUUUGUUUUCCAUCUAUUUUUCCCCUUUUGUUAAAUGACACACCCAGUCACACGCACACCCAAGAGAACCCCCCCCACCCUUGUUUACAUGUAGAACAAGCUUGCUACGAUGCCUGUACAAGCUCCACAAUGGACAGAAUUUUUACUGUGCCCCAUAUGCACCCAGACGUUCGAGGAGACGGUGCGCCGGCCCAUCAGUUUGGGUUGCGGCCACACCGUUUGCAAGAUGUGCCUCAACAAACUGCACCGCAAGGCUUGUCCCUUUGACCAGACGGCCAUCAAUACUGACAUCGAGCAGCUGCCCGUCAACUCAGCCCUUUUACAGCUGGUCGGGGGUCAGGUGUCCAAACAGCAACCUGUGGCGCUCAUUACAUGUCCAGAGGACACCAAUCAUUAUGAUGAGGCACGGCAGUGUGUUGAGGAGCUGGCCCUCUACCUCAAACCCCUCAGCAGUGCACGAGGAGUGGGGUUGAGUAAUGCUGCUCAGAGCAUGCUGAGCCGCCCCAUGCAGAGGAAGCUGGUGACUCUGGUGCACUGUCAGCUGGUGGAAGAGGAAGGACGGGUCAGGGCAAUGCGGGCGGCCCGUUCUCUGGGCGAAAGAACUGUUACUGAGCUCAUUUUGCAGCACCAAAACCCCCAGCAGCUCUCCUCCAACCUGUGGGCUGCUGUCAGAGCCAGAGGAUGCCAGUUCCUGGGCCCCGCCAUGCAGGAGGAGGCACUAAAGCUGGUGCUGUUGGCCUUGGAAGAUGGAUCCGCUCUUUCCAGGAAGGUUUUGGUCCUCUUUGUGGUCCAGAGACUAGAACCAAGAUUUCCUCAGGCCUCCAAAACCAGUAUUGGACAUGUAGUUCAGCUCCUCUACCGUGCCUCGUGCUUCAAGGUGACUAAGCGAGAUGAGGAUUCAUCACUAAUGCAGUUGAAAGAGGAGUUCCGCACGUAUGAGGCACUUCGGAGGGAACACGACUCUCAGAUCGUUCAAAUCGCAAUGGAGGGAGGCCUCCGCAUCGCGCCCGAUCAGUGGUCUUCUCUGCUGUAUGGAGACCAGUCUCAUAAGUCUCACAUGCAGUCCAUCAUUGACAAGCUGCAGACCCCGGCGUCGUUUGCUCAGAGUGUGCAGGAGCUGACCAUCGCACUGCAGAGGACGGGUGACCCUGCCAAUCUCAACCGACUGAGACCUCACCUCGAGCUGCUUGCUAACAUCGACCCCAGUCCAGAUGCACCUCCUCCUACCUGGGAGCAGUUGGAGAAGGGGCUGGUGGCGGUAAAGACGGUGGUGCACGGCCUAGUGGACUUCAUUCAGAACCACAGCAAGAAGGGUGCCGACACGCAGCAGCCACCGCAGCACAGCAAAUACAAGACGUACAUGUGCAGAGACAUGAAGCAGAAAGGAGGCUGUCCCAGAGGAGCCAGCUGUACCUUCGCCCAUUCUCAGGAGGAGCUGGAAAAGUACCGUAAAAUGAACAAACGUCUUGCUGCACGAGUGCCCUGCACCCCUGGUCUGCUGCCUGAGGAUGUGGUCCCGCUGGAGCCUGGGCGAAAGGCCUCUAUGCAUACCAAUGGGGGCCCUCUUCCCCAGCUCAUCUCCAGAGGCACAGACCCCUCCACAUAUGACCUCUUACUCAAGCCCAAGAUGGACGCCACUAGCCUGAGUGCUCCUGGGUCGCCACCUGACUCUUUGGAUAAAUGUAGCUUGGCCCUGACACCCCACCCUGUGCCUCACCCCAGGGCGGAGCACUUACCCAUGCCCAAGCAGGUUCCAGUCAUGCCCAGAGGUGCGCCACAGAUGUAUCCACAACAGCAGCCCCAGCUCUUCUAUCCAGAGCCCGCCAGACCUCCUCCCUCAGGAUCUCAGUAUGAUGCUCAGUACCCAACAGGCAACCCCUACCCAUACCAACCUCCACAGUAUGUCCCUCCCCGCUACAUCCGUAAUCCGCCACCUCCGGGUGAGUCCCCUUACCCAGAGACAUACCCAGGAUACGGCCCAGAUCGCCAAUAUCCGAGCCACCACUCUGGUGCCCCUUUCUCAGCCCACACAUACGCACAGCCCUCACAUUACAGUCGCAGACACGGACACUAUCCAGCACCCCCACCUCCGUUUGCCCCAACCAGAGACGACUUGGUCAGGAUGAGCCCAGUUCCUUUGGACGUUCCCCCGUCCGCUAUGCCUCCACCUCCAGCAGGGCCUGCAGGUUCUCUGUACCACUCCCAGGAACCGUCAUCCAGAGACCGAUACCCACCGGACGGGUACUACACAGCUGGACCACACCCCAGCCAAAUGAGGUCCCACAUAGGACAGGACCCUUACAGCCGCUCUCAGCCCAGUCUGGAUGACUUGCAUCGCAGGCGCAAAGAGCUGCUUGUCCAGCUAGAGGAGAGAAAAGUCAUCUCUCCUCCCCCCUUCGCCGCCUCCCCGACUCUCCCUUCACACCCGUUCCCCAACGACUACCCUCGGGAGUAUUUGGAAGACGGCUCUAAAGCCUUUGGCAGUCGGGAGCCAGACUACGCUGGGCAGUAUUCCCCCUGGUCAUGUGACACCAUAGGAUCAUACAUUGGCUCCAAGGAUACUAAACCAAAAGAUGUCAGCAGUUCUGUGGAGAUGAUGAAUGCAGAGGGGAAAGUUCUCCGUGAACCUCCACUGGACACUCAGCGGCGCUCUGCGGAAGCCAAAGACGACGAUCCCAUCAUUCCCUUUGGUCCUCUGCCCACGGUGUCUCCUUUUGGUGCCAUUUCACGUACCUCUAAAACUGGUUACCAGACCACUGGGCCUGUACAGGCCAUAGCAUCCUCACAGGCCUCGGGCUCCAAACACAUGACCAUGACAGCAGACUAUCCGUAUGGAAACCACAGCGGAUGGGGCGGAGCGUCGUACCCUCAGCACCAGAGCAUCAACUCUCAGGGACACUUCAGCGAGCGUCUGCCCGUGUCUGCCCCUGACCGCGAGCAGCUCAAGAUUGAGCUCCAGCAAGUCAACCAACAGAUCAGUCAGCAAACCCGCGGCAUGGAGGCUGUCAGUAACUCUGUGCUCUUGCAGAGGGAGGCGUGUGCGCUGGCGUCUCAGCCCACGGCUGCAGUGAAGUGGUCUUCAGGUGGCACUGUGUCCAGUGAGCAGCUCAGCCUGGAGCUUGAUCACGUAGAGCUGGAGAUCAAGAAGAGAACCCGUGAAAUCGCCAUUGAGAAUCAGGUGGCCCAUGAAUACAAGCUGAAGGCCACUGAGAAUGGGCAGCCUGAUCAUAAAGCCCAGCUGGAGGAACUCUCUUUAGCAUUGGGUGAGGUGUCUAAUGGAUCCAGUGGCAUGAAGCCAGCCAGUAGUAUGGGAGGAUCUAUGCUGUCGCUUACCAAUAAGACAUCUUCUCUCGCCCUCUGCUCCGCCGACCAAGCAGCGAGUAGUUCAGACCUUCAGAAGAACGGUGUUGUUCACUCUUGCUCUUAAGAGCGUUAUUCACACACACACACACACACACACACAGACAACCUCUCCAGAGAUCAAUAUUCCUUCUCUAAAGGCUCUGAAAUUGAUCUCUUGAAUAAUUCGACCAGUUUUUUUUUAUAUUCAGACAGAGUUCAAAUGAGGGACACGCAUUCACACACACGCACACACACAUGCAUACACACACCUGCAUGCUGCUACAUGCAUGCACCGACACAAACUUCUCUGUUGUUUUAUUUAGAAAAAUGAGCAGUAUCUGCCGUGAUAUACAUUUUCUUUCUUUUUGUUCUGUGAAUGAGCUUUUUGUUUUAAUGACUUCUCAUCGCCUGGAAACCAGGGCAUCUGAAUAAUGCUUACUUUGUUGUUUUCCCUAUAUAUCAAGAAAGAACAGUCAACCCAAAGCUAGCACAGACAGGAGGACACAAACCGGUGGAAUCCAAACGAGAAUUGAGCGCACUAUUUUUAGCAUCGGGGCUAGUUUCUGAUUGUGCGGUCGGGGCCCUGUGGAAACGUUCAACUCCCUGGAUCUCUGCAGCCUUGAAUAUGAUCUGACUCACCAGGUUUAAAGUAGCAUGGAGAACCUUUUAUGAAUCCAUUUUUAUGGACCGUUAACACGGGUCUCCCCACAUGACUCUUGACCGUGGCAGUGUAUCGCUGUAAGGCAGUUCGAUCAGGCUCUGGAUGACACAAGGGGGUAGAGAGAGAUAAGUAUAACCAUAUAUAAUCCGUUGUCAGGUUUUGUUUAUUUUAUGAUUUGGCUAUAUAACUGUUAAGGAAUUUGUAAAUGUGUGGCAACACAGGUCUAAAGCAUUCUGUUUUAUAGAAUGCAAACACUUUUUUUCCAUGUUUUCCAUGAGUGUGUGCUUUUUAGUAGAAGAGGUGCAACACUUCACAUCCCUUGUGUUCUUCAGAGCUCUGUGGUCGGGAUGAAUUUCCUUUCUGCCAGCACCACAGUCGUUUUGUAAAAUUACAGCCUAUUAGGAAAUUAUUUCAUCCAUUUUCCCUAACUUCUGUGAAGUUGCAUAUUUGGCUCUCCUGGUCGAGUUUGCAUAUUCGGGUCUCGACGCUAAAUCGCUGCAUAGAAGUACACCAGGGCAGUAGUUUGGACAACGCAGGGUUUUGACACUGAAAUAAAUUGGUAAAGGGAUUGUUCAACCAAAAAGGAUUUAGUUGCCCUCAUGAUGUUCCAAAUGGAUAUUUUUUUGGGGGGAAACAAUUAUGGACAAAAAAAGUUGAAACAUUCUUCAGAAAGUCAUCUUUUGUGUUCUGCACAAGAAAGUAAGUCAUGCAGGGGAAAUAAAUGAUGGCUGUCCCUUUAAAUAAAAUCCAGAGGGUUGUUUAUUAAAGUUGAGCUAUUUAAUGUCUCAUAGCUUUCCUCUUUAUAAACUCUAAAUUAGUUUGGAAUUAAUUCUCCAGAGACCAUUUCGAAUUUCAGCAGAAUAUUUAAUGCGACUCGUGAAACAAGGCCUGUUGAGUUUAUCCUCCAUCAGCCUGCUUUGACCUAAAUGUGUUUUUACACAACUUAUUCAACGACUGUUUCCGGACGUGGCCCCGUAAACGAAGAGAACAAGAUUAUUUGAAGUCUGAAGUCUUCCUAUAGUGAUGACAUUCUUCACGUGUGACAUUUUGUUCUAGUCUCUUGAGACCGACUAUGAUAUACAGCUCCAAUUUUGGGUGCAACCUCUUAACGUGUAAUCUUUUGUGGUUUAUGUGCUAUAGCCGUGGUGAUAUAGUUGAUUUCUCUUAUUACGAUGACUUAUAGUCACGGUCAUUAUUUGAUGUUCUUGCUUGUCAAAGAGCACACACAGCCUUUUCAAGCAGUCGCCGGGAUUGAAAUCGAGCUGUGCCGACACGCAGAGAUGACGUCAACCUCACUGUCGAGGUUUAAGACUUAUCGCGUGAUGUCCAUCACCCUCGCUGAGUAAAUUCUCCAGAAUGUUAUAUUUCUCCAUGCUAAAUUGUUACCCUCCUCCCUCUCCUCAACGUGGAAAUUUAAUUCUCGUAGUGUUUUCAUUUCAUGCUUUUGAGAUCCCACUAGAUCUGAGGUGUGCUGUGUAAGGUUCGCUUAUGAUUUAAUUGAGCUUCUUGCUUCCAUUCUGGUGAAUCUGGCCUCUUAUUGAAUUUAGAUCGUUCCACAUUCUCCUGUGGUUCAAAGCUGCUUUGUAGCCUAAUAAUUCAAGUGAAAUUCAUAAAAACACCCAGGUCACAUUUCAGCGAGAAAUAUAAAGGAUAGAAAAUGUAAAGGACCUAUAAUGUUUAAGCACAUCUUCCUCCCCCGUAUGUUCAUAAAUUCUUAAUUGUCAUUUAUUCUCAAUGAUCAAAUUUUAAAAAAUUCUAAAUUGAGGAACGUAACACCAGGAGGAUACAAUGCUCCGCAAAAUCGCUCUUAUAUUCAAACCGGGAAAAUUAAACAAUUGCACACUGCUUAAAAUUGCGCAGGAUACGUUUAAUCCAACGUUUUAAAAGAGACAUGUGAAAGCAGCCAAGCAUAAGUAACACGGCAGGCUUUUAUUCGAUUUCUCCUUAGCAGUCUGAAAAUGAUAAUUUUCCUCCUCCCUGCGUUUAUCCAAAUUUUCCUGAGCUAACACUCUACUGCCACCGCUAACUUCGGAUUUUCUUUGGCUCUUGUUGGGCGUAAGCGCUAGCAUGACGAGUGUUCUUACGAUGGGCAACCGUUUAGCCAGUGCUCGGUGUGUUGAGGUUUUUUCAUUUGGCUUUCACAGAAUGCCCAAAGCUGUACUAAUGCCAGCAUUCUCGAGUGAUGCACUGCCAGGAUGCUGCUUUUAUUUGAAUCUUUGGAUUGUAUGGGAAUGUGCUAUCUUGUAUUUAAUAUUUGGCACUUGCUUGGGUGCUGUAGAAUUAAUUUUCUUUCCCCUCUAAUAAUCAGUGAUCUCACUGAGCUAAUUACUUCUGCGUGGAUAUAUAUAUUUUUUUGUUUGUUUUACAACCAUCCACACACAGCAAUUUAUGGGAAACGACUCGGUAAGGCUCAUUUACAGUUUUGUGCAUGAGGUUAUUUUUCCUCAAGUGAGAAAUUGCAGGAUAAUGUGAUUUUCUUUGAGAAUGGGUCUGUUCCUGAUGGAUGAUAUUCAUUUCUCGGACUGGAUUGUGUCUGUUUUGAGCAGACCUGUUGAAUUCAUUUAAAUGCAACGCAAAUUAACUCAUUUUCAACCUUAUAACACUGUUAUGGCUGUCUUUGUCGUUUUGUUUUAUUCCUAACUUUUUGGGAAAUGUAAUGGCUUUUUUAUGAUUACUUCCAAGUUGUCUUGUAAAAUCUCUUAAAUUAAGGUACAGGCUCAAUUUCAACAAGGAAAGGUUUUAUAUAUAAAUAUAUAUUAUACUCCAUUAAGGAAUGUUUAGAACCAUCUUACUCCAAUGUGGAUGUAGCCAUUAUUACGCCAUUUUAUGACUUUGUAAAAGAAUUCACUGUGUGAAAAUUGGUUUGCAUUUUUGUAUAAUACAAUCUGCUUUUUUGUUUGUUUAAAAUGAGAGAGGAAGGUGAAACUGGAUGUUAAGAGGACAAGAUAAAAAAUGAACAGAAACCUGUGAUAUUGAAGAAAAUGUAACUUGUGUUCAACAAUGACUCUAAAUGAGAGGGAUGGAAUAAACGAUAUUGGUAACACUGCUAUAAA